AUGACCGGCGCGCAUGCUAAUGAGCGCGGCGGCGCGGGGCCGGGGCCAAUGGCCGGCGUGCAUGCUAAUGAGCGCCGACGCCACGCGGGGCCCGUUCAAAAAGUAGCCGCUAUUGUGGCGGCGCGCGGCGGGCGCGCGGAGCGCAUGGCCGGGGCCGCGCCGGCAGCGCCGGGCGCCGAGGCGCUGCCGCGCGCCUUCCUGCAGAGCCUGCGCACGCUCUUCGACAUUCUGGACGACCGGCGGCGCGGCUACGUGCACCUGCGCGAAAUCGAGUCGCGCUGGCAGGGCGCCGACGCGCGCGAGCUGCCCCGCGGCGUGCUCGAGGGGCUGCGGCGCGUGGCCCCGGCCAGCGGCCACCUGACCUUCGAGCGCUUCGUGGCCGGUCUGCGCGCCUCGCUGCCGGCCGCCGACGGCCCCGCGCCCCCCGCGCCGCCGCCGCGCCUGCUCUUCGCGCCCGCCGACGAGCCGCGCACUGUGCUGGAGCGGAAGGCGCUGCCCGGCGCGGCCGCGGGUGCGGUGGGCUGCAGGGCCUGGGAGCCGGCGGUGGGGGACAGCCGGCGGGCACCGCGCGCCCGGGGUCAGCGGCGGAGACACACCAUCAGCAAUGGCGUGGACUGUGAGCUGCUCCGGCAGCUGGAGGAGCUGGAGCAGGAGCGCGAGGUGCUGCUGCAGGGCCUGGCCAUGAUGGCGCGCGGCCGCGACUGGUACCAGCAGCAGCUGCAGCGCGUGCAGGAGCGGCAGCGCCGUCUGGGCCGGAGCAGGGCCAGCGCCGACACUGGCGCGGAGGGGAGCCCCGGCCUGCUGGGCCGCCUGCUGCCCAAGGUCCAGGAGGUGGCCCGAUGCCUGGGGGAGCUGCUGGCGGCGGCCUGUGCCGGCAGGGCCCUGCCCUCAUCCUCGGGGCUCCCGGCCUCGCCCCCCGCGGCCCCCAGCUGGCAGCAACAGACCAUCACCAUGCUGAAGGAGCAGAACCGGCUCCUCACCCAGGAGGUGACGGACAGGAGCGAGCGCAUCACCCAGCUGGAGCAGGAGAAGUCGGCUCUCAUCAAGCAGCUGUUCGAGGCCCGUGCCCUCAGCCAGCAGGACACUGGGCCUCUGGACUCCACCUUCAUCUAGUGUCCCUCCCGGCCAGACUGACAGCCACUGGCCCACCAGAUCACCCACUGGUCCCCCACCUUCACCCUCUACUCCCCAAACUCCUCCUGGCCCUUGGUGCGCCCACACUGCCUCAGUCCUGGU